AUGAGCGACAAUGCCGUCUCUGCAUCGGCCAAAGGAGCCUCUUUUCUCAUUCUCCUACAAAUCGGCUCCCGCGCUCUUACUUUCGCCUUGAACCAAAUCCUCCUUCGCUUUCUAUCUCCUGAAUUGCUGGGUGUCAAUGUACAAUUGGAGUUGUACUGUAUCUCAGUUCUCUACUUUGCACGCGAAAGCUUGCGAGUGGCUUUGCAACGAAGAGCCGAUGGCACGCAAGCGGUAAUCAACAUGUCAUAUCUGGCCAUCGCUGCUGGAGUACCAUUGAGCUAUGCACUUGCAGAGCUGUAUCUGCAGACUGAGAUUCCUAAAGUACCUUUCCUGGUUCCAUCAUUGAGGGUGUAUGGGUUGGCUGCGAUGAUUGAGUUGUUUGCUGAGCCUAGCUUUGUGGCUGCACAGCAGAAGAUGCUGUACAAAGUUCGUGCUUCUGCUGAGGCUGCUGCGACGAUCAUGAAGACGUUUGCUACUGUUGGACUGGUUGUCUGGGCGAGUCGACAAGGGCAAGAUUUGGGUGUAUUGCCUUUUGCCAUUGGACAACUGGCUUAUGCUGCAUCCUUGUUGGUGGUAUACACUGCAAGAUUGGUCCUUGUGGCGAAGUCUGAAGGCUUCUAUCUACUCCCUCGUGGUAUCCAAAGCAAAACUGAAAAGUUCUGGCUUUCUCUCUUCUCACAACCUUUGCUCAACCUGUCGUUGAGUUUGACGGUACAAUCAAGCAUCAAGUAUGUGCUCACACAAGGAGAUUCUAUACUAAUCGCAUCAUUGGCCUCGCUCCAAGACCAAGGAGCAUACGCCUUAUCCUCGAAUUACGGAGGCCUCAUCGCUCGCAUGCUGUUCCAACCCAUUGAGGAAGCCUCUCGCAAUCUCUUCGCCAAGCUAUGCGCACCCACUACCUCAUCUGUGGCCUCCAAGGACGAAAAGAAGGCUGGAGAUGGUGUACAACAAGCCAACAGCACUCUUGCCCUCAUCCUAAAAGCCUACUCCCUGAUCUCUCUUGUCGCCUUCGCCGCCGGUCCCACCGUCGCGCCUGUUCUCUUGUCCCUUGUAGCCGGAAGUCGCUGGUCUCACACAGGUGCCGGAGAAGUCUUGGGUUGCUAUUGCUACUACAUCCCUUUGCUCGCUCUGAAUGGCGUAUCCGAGGCUUUCGUUGCUGCUGUAGCCGACAACAAGCAGCUGUACACUCAAUCAAUCUGGAUGAGCGGGUUCUUUGCAGCUUUCGCAGGGUCAGCGUAUUUGUUCCUCAGGGUGUUGGAGCUGGGAGCUAAAGGGUUGGUCUGGGCCAAUUGCGUCAACAUGGCGUGUAGGAUCAUAUUCAACUUGUCGUUUGUCAAAAGCUUUUUUGCGAAGAGGGGGCAGUCUUUCGAUGUUACAAAGAUUCUGCCUUCGGCAGCGAGUAUCGCCAUCGCUGCCGUGGUGCCCAGUAUCUUCAAAGCGACGACUGGAAUCUUAUCGAAAUAUGGAGUCGUUGGCGAACUUGCCAGAAUCGGUGCCAUCACAGGCGUCUUUGCUGUUGCACUGGCAGUGUCGGAGCGCAAGUUCUUGAUUCACGUGUACAAGCAAGUAGGACGAUAA